AUGUUCCAUUCAGAGUCGUCCUUGUUAACUGCCACUUCACCUUUGCUUCGGGGAUCUUCUCAUCCCCCAUAUCUUGAUGCUCCCGAUAGCGAAUACUACCGCUCGACAGCCUCGUCCAUAUGUUCCGACUCUUCACAUUUUCCUCAAUCUGAUUCAGAGGACUCAGACUACCAGAAUACUUCUACCAAGGAUCUGCAAACGAUUAUUGCCACUGUGUCGGAGACCCAACUACGUGCGACAAUGCUUAAGUUGGCCGGUCGUAGUACCCAGUUUAGAGACGCUGUCGCGAGAGAGCUUAAUUUGAAGUCUUCCCAGUCCGUGACGAAACCUAGUAGACGGUCUCGAAGGUUCCGACGAAGUACGGGAAGCAAUACCAGUUGUCCUCCGAUAUUAACGUGUUCGAAUUGUGGUCAAGGUUUCGAUGGUGGAGACACUCGUGAUACGUGUCACUAUCACCCAGGUCAACUUGAAGAUGAGAUCUUCGAGUUCAUGUCACAAACCCCGGAAGGACGGAUUUUUAAAGUUCUCAAAAGUGUCUCGAUGUGGAGCUGCUGUGAAGAGGAACCAGGGAGUGUUGGCUGUGUGAAUGCCCCGGUUCAUGUUGAGCUCAAUGAGGUUGACUAG